ACGAGAGGGAGAUGGCGAGACUUGUGGGAUCGCCGUGGGCUCGAAUUAGGGUUCUUCCGGAGCUCCCUGCGCCUCUUUUCCGCCGGGGCUUCGCAGCUAAACCCUAUAUCUCGGUUCGCCGGAGGAACCUCUCCGUGUCGGCAUCCUAUGCAAACGCCGGCCCGACCGAGGGGGAGGUACGGGUCCGGUUCGCGCCGUCACCGACGGGGAAUCUGCACGUUGGGGGAGCGAGGACGGCGCUCUUCAACUACCUCUUCGCCAGAUCACAAGGUGGGAAAUUUAUUUUGCGGAUCGAGGACACUGAUUUGGAGAGAUCCACAAGGAAAUCAGAAGAAGCAAUGCUAAAUGACCUAUCUUGGCUUGGUCUUAACUGGGAUGAAGGCCCUAGUGUGGGUGGAGAUUAUGGUCCGUAUCGGCAAUCAGAACGAAAUUCCUUGUACAAAGAAUAUGCUGAGAAGUUGUUGGAAAGUGGUGCCGUCUACAGAUGCUUCUGUUCCAAUGAGGAACUAGAACAAAUGAAGGAAAGAGCAAAACAGAUGCAGCUGCCACCGAUGUAUACGGGGAAGUGGAGAACCGCAUCAGAUGAAGAAAUAAAGCAGGAGUUGGCAAAAGGAACAUCUUACACAUAUCGUUUCCGUGUACCUAAGGAAGGAAACUUGAAAAUUACUGACCUUAUUCGUGGUGAAGUCAGUUGGAGCUUGGACACACUUGGUGACUUUGUCAUUAUGAGAAGCAAUGGCCAACCUGUAUACAAUUUCUGUGUCACAGUUGAUGACGCCACAAUGCGAAUAUCACAUGUUAUAAGAGCAGAGGAGCAUUUACCUAACACCUUGCGACAAGCACUUAUUUACAAAGCACUUGGAUUUUCAAUGCCUUCCUUUGCACAUGUUUCUUUAAUUCUUGCCCCGGAUAGAAGUAAGUUAUCAAAACGUCAUGGUGCAACUUCGGUCGGACAGUUCAGGGAGAUGGGGUAUUUACCCCAGGCAAUGGUGAACUACUUGGCACUCUUAGGUUGGGGAGAUGGUACCGAAAAUGAAUUUUUCACCAUUGAUCAGCUUGUUGAGAAGUUCUCAAUAAGUCGUGUAAAUAAAAGUGGGGCAAUUUUUGAUUCUACAAAGUUAAGAUGGAUGAAUGGUCAGCAUUUAAGAUCCCUUCCGCCAGAAGAGUUGUUAAAGAUUUUUGGAGACAGGUGGAAGUGCACUGGUGUUCUCUUGGAAUCUGAAGGAAUAUUUAUAAAGGAUUCGACAGAGUUGUUGAAGGAUGGGGUUGAUCUAAUAACAGAAGUGGACACAGCUCUGUCAAAUCUAUUGUCUUAUCCAUUGUACACUACUCUAUCUAGCGAAGAAUGUAAACCUAUUGUACAAGACAAGCUUUCUGAGGUGGCUGCUAGUUUAAUUGCUGCUUAUGAUGGUGGGGAGCUCCCUGCAGCACUGGAAGAAGGGCAUGCUGGUUGGCAGAAAUGGGUGAAAGGCUUCGGCAAGCUACUGAAGCGCAAGGGGAAGUCUCUCUUUAUGCCUCUGCGAGUCUUGCUGACAGGAAAGCUUCAUGGCCCAGAUAUGGGAGGCAGCAUUCUUUUGAUAUAUAAAGCUGGUCUUUGGGGAGUGGUUAACCCAGAAGCAGGUUUUAUAACAUUAGCCGAGAGAUUUAAAAUGUUGAGGGAGGUCGACUGGGAAGCCUUGGACAAGGAGAACAAACAACUUGAAUCUGUUGCUGGUCAAUCUGAUUAAGUUCGUUUAUACCCUUCAGGUACAUUUUACUAUCCGGUUGGUGCAACCACAGUUGUGUUUUGAGCUCUUUUGAUGGUCUUGUGUGGGAUAAAGGUCUUAACCCAACUACCGAGCAAAUCUGCACACUUUUUUUCUGAAUAUUGACCCUGAUUUGAUGAAAUAUUUUCUUUCAGUACCAUCUAAUCUCUCUAGACUGCCAA